AUGGGAUUUAUUGCCUCUAAUAAGAGGUUUAUUUGGGCAGCUGUAGGGGCUCCUGGCUCUGUCCAUGACUCGAGGCUUCUGAAAAGUUGCGACCUCUUUGCCGAGAUUCAGCAGGGACAUGUUUUCCCAAAUACUCUGCUACGAACAAACGGGGACAUACCGUGUCACAACGGUUGGUGAUUCAGCAUUUCCACGCUACACGUGGCUAAUGAAGCCGUACAAUGAAAAUACAAGAGAUCCAAGAAAGCGCUACUUAAGCGAGAGGCUUUGCUUGGCUAGAGUUGUGUCAGAGCGUGCAUAUGGUAUGCUGAAAGGG